GUCAAAGGCCGCAGCAGAAACAAAAGCGGCGCUCCCCACAGAUUCAAAGCCUGAGGUUUCGAGCAAGAGCGCAGACGAAGGCGAACCGCCCCCGCCAUAUACUGAAGGAUUCAGCCCACUUCAUUCGUUCACAUACAUGAUGGCGUCCGCCGGGGGAGAAGCGAGCAUCAUCACCCAGGUAUCGCAGGGUGUAGGCCCGCCAUUAAACACUUUGGGUGUCGGCUCCGAUGAAAAUAUUACGCUUGAUCUCCGAGGCACACGCUUCACUCUCUCCAGAGAUGAACUACUAACUCUUCCGGAAUUUGUUCUCCUAUCCCUUUUCCCAAAUGGACUAUUGCCUGACGGGCACAUGAACUCUUAUCACGAAGGAGAUAUCUAUCCAGUUGAUGUACGUUCGGUUGCAUGGACACGGGCUGUCCUGGGGAACCCAAAUAUACAUUUAUCUGACAAUCUUUUUUAUGCUCAGUACGAUCCCGCAUCCCUCCAAUACAUGCUUGAGUUUUUCCGCAACGUCGCCCAGUCCAUCCCGUCUAGCUCCCCUUCCCCCACGAGCUCGGAUCCCAAUGCAGUCUCGGUUGAGCCUGUGCCUGGCUCUGCGAGGGACAUGCUCCAGGAUCGAGCAGGAAUUAUCGUCCUGAGAGAGGAUCUGGACUUUUAUGUCAUUCCUCCAAGACGUGAAAUUGAGCAGCCCGAGAUGAUUGAGGUCAAGCGAGCUGCUGGGCGGGCGCUACUGAAGCAAGAUGGCAUCUUCUCUGGUUUGCGCAAAAGCGAGGAGGCCGGCACAACGGAGCAGCACCUGAUUGAGAUGUUGACAGCAGGUGGCUUCAAUCACGACGACCGAUGGGGUCAUCGAGCGGGCGAGCCUAACAAGGCCGUCGUCUGCAGCCUUGCCUUGGCCCGACUACGUACGGAUAUCAAGGGUCAUGACAUGAACAGUCACGCCAUGGGCAUGGCACAGAAGCUAUUGCUUUUCUGGCGGAAACCCGCGCGACGAUGUUGGUGGGAAGGUGUCGAGCUGCUCGACGUUGAAGGUGUUGAAGGAAAAUUAAAGGUUUGGAUUCGUCGGGUUUGGACCCUGGAGAUGAGUGUCAUUGGCUUGCGUUGAAGCGAAGAAUUUCAUUUUCACUUUCGCCUUUUUGUUGUCCUUUCUAUCUAUCGGUUCACGGCAU